AUGUCGCUUCUCAGGAGGUAUAAUCUGAUGUCCCAAACCAAUUCCACAGAACUGAUCAGGAGUCAACAAAAUGUCGCGCAAUUUUCUAAUGGGGUGGCUAAAAAGUUGUACAAGUUAGUGGUCAUUUCCGGGUUGGUCCUGUAUAUCAUGUAUAUUCUUUGGCCUGGUUUUCAUUGUUGCUAUUCAUUCUCAGUUUUAACUCACUUUAGGCCAACAGUCGUGGGUAAUUUAGAGAGCUCAUACUCUUCUGGUACCGGUACUAAUAGUACUACUAGCAUUAGUCAUAUUGUUUUUGGAAUAGCGAGCACUUCGAACUCAUGGAGGAACAAGAGAUGGUUCAUUGAAUCCUGGUGGCGGCCAAAUGUGACCCGAGGAUUCGUGUUUCUGGAUACAUUCCCAGUUGAUUUGAUUCCAUGGCCUGCUUCUUCUCCUCCCUUUCGGAUUUCAGAAAACACUUCCAGAUACAAAGAUUACGACAAGCAUGAAAUGACUCACGCGAUCAGAUUGGCCCGGAUAAUCAGAGAGAUUAUUAACGAGGAAGAUCAAAAUGAUGAGGAUGUGAGGUGGUAUGUUAUAGCUGAUGAUGACACUGUCAUAUUUAUCAACAAUUUGGUUGAGGUUCUUUCGAGGUAUGAUUACAACAAGUACUUCUAUGUUGGGAUGAAUUCAGAAUGUCAUGCAUCCAAUUAUUUUCACUCGUUUGAGAUGGCAUUUGGUGGAGCUGGAUAUGCUUUGAGUUACCCUCUUGCAAGGGCUUUGGCUAAGAACUUGGAUGUGUGUAUCAGGAGGUAUCCAAGUCUAUAUGGCAGUGACCACAUCGUGCAGUCCUGUGUGGCUGAUUUAGGAGUCUCUCUCACUCAGGAAAAGGGGUUUCAUCAGGUUGACCUCCACAGCGACAUCUCAGGUCUGUUAUCAGGUCAUCCACAGUCUCCUCUAGUCUCCCUCCACCACCUGAAAGUCGUAGACCCCAUUUUCCCCUCCAUGACCCGUAACCAGUCGCUGAACCAUCUAAUGAAGGCUGCAAAUGCUGACGAGUCCAGAUUACUCCAACAAACCAUUUGUUAUCACAAGCAAAACAACUGGAGUUUCUCUAUUUCAUGGGGCUACUCCGCCCAAGUUUAUGAGGCCAUAUACCCUCCCAGCAUCCUCCGACUGCCCCUCCAGACCUUCAGGCCCUGGAUGUUUGCUAAGCCAUUUUACAUUCUCAACACCCGAAUCCCUUCCACAAAAGAUCCAUGCCAAAUACCUCAUGUCUUCUUCUUUGAUUCCGUUGAGACAAUUACUGAUAUUAUUGGACGACAGCACCUUAUAGCCACAACCUAUACCAGGAGGAGGCCGCGUUUUUUGCCAGCUUGCUCAUCAACCGGGAAUCAUUCUGCUGCCCACAUCAACAUGAUUCGUGUCCUCUCCCCAGUAUUGGAGAUGCAUGACGGGCUUAAAUCUGCCUGA